AUGCCUGCACUAGCUUUCCCGCCAUUUCCAGACGAUGUACCUACCGUGCCACUGCUCAUCAUCGACUACAGCCUUAUCAAGGUCAAAGACGCGAAUGAGAUCGACAGGCUCUGGGAGGCUGCCACUAAGCUUGGUUUCUGGUACCUCAAGAACCAUGGCGUGGAGGACGAGGUCAACGGCAUGUUUGACAUGUGCGCAGAGACCAUGAGCCUGCCACUCGAGGAGAAGAUGAAAUACGAACAAGGAGACGAAGGGAACUCCUACGGGUACAAGUAUGCUGGUGCUAACGCGACUGAUGAGAAAGGCACUCUCGACCGUGUCGAAUUCAUCAUCGUAGCAGAAGACGACGCGUUAUCCUAUCCUACUCCUGUUCAUCGCACGUAUCCAUCGACCGUCAAUGCGCGCAUGGAGAGCACGAUCAGACCAUUCACCCAGAAGUCUAUGGAGGUCAACCUCACUCUUAUCGAUGUUCUCAACGACAAGUUGGGGCUGCCACAGGGCGAACUCGCGAAGAGGCAUAUUAAUCAGGAGGUGAAAGGAGGCGAAUCACGAUGCACAAAAAGCCCUAAACAUCAAGUGAUCUCUGAGGAAAGCGCUGUCCUCGGUGCGCACACCGACUUCGGUUCUUUGACUUUCUUGCACAAUCGUCUCGGUGGUCUUCAGGUUCUCCCUCCUGGAGCCAACGAAUGGAAAUACGUCAAGCCUAUCCCGAACCAUGCCGUCUGCAAUGUCGCCGAUGGUUUGACAAUCUUCAGUGGUGGUAUCCUCCGCUCGAACCUGCACCGCGUCAUGCCUCCCCCUGGUGCCCAAGCGGCUUUCGAGCGCUGGUCUUGCGGUUUCUUCACCCGCCCAGGCAGCUCUGUCGUUCUCUCUGCGUUGACGGACGAGAGCGAGAUGAUCAAAGAGGCGGUGGAAAAGGCUACGCCGGAGGUCAAGGCAACAUUCAACACAGGCGUUACCUCCGGGGACUGGUUCAGACGGAGAAUCAAGAAUCACAGGAUUAAAAACAGAAAGGGACCGGAGACGUGGGAGGACAGCCGUGGGACCGAGCACCGCGGUGACAUCGUUUCUGCUACCGCGUAG